UGGCCACACAGGGCAGAGGCAUCUACCUGCAAGCACCAUGAGCGGUAGGGUAGGGGACCUGAGCCCUCAGCAGGAGGAGGCACUAGACCAGUUCCGGAAAAACGUCCAGGAUGUGCUCAACGACCUGCCCAACCCUGAUGACUAUUUCCUCCUUCGAUGGCUCAGAGCUCGAAGCUUUGACCUGCAGAAAUCUGAAGCCAUGCUCCGGAACUACAUGAUAUUCCGGAAGGAAAAGAACCUGGACAACAUCCUGAGCUGGCAGCCAUCUGAGGUCCUCCAAUUAUAUGAUGUAGGUGGCUUGAGUGGCUAUGACCGAGAGGGCUGCCCCGUCUGGCUUGACAUCACUGGCUGCUUGGAUAUCAAAGGGCUGCUUCUUUCCAGCAGCAAACCAGAGCUACUGAAGAAGCGCACCCAAAUCUUGGUGUCCCUCCUUCGAGAAUGUGACCUACAGAGUGAGAAGCUAGGAAAGAAGAUCGAAACUUUCAUUAUGAUAAUCGACCUAGAGUGUCUGGGCCUGAAACACUUUUGGAAGCCAGCUACAGAAAUCUACCAGGAGUUUUUCUCCAUACUUGAAAACAAUUUUCCCGAGACUGUCAAGCAUCUUAUUGUUGUGAAAGCUCCUAAACUGUUCCCUGUGGCCUACAACUUGGUCAAAGCCUUCAUUUCGGAGGAGACACGCAAAAAGAUUGUGGUUCUCGGAGCAAACUGGAAGGAGGAUUUGCAGAAAUUCAUAAACCCUGAUCAGUUGCCUGCAGAGUAUGGGGGAACCCUAAAAGACCCUGAUGGAAACCCCAAAUACCUGACCAAGAUUCAAUAUGGGGGUGUGAUUCCUAAGAAAUACUAUCUACAAAACCAGAUGAAAAUGCAGUAUGAGCACACAGUGUCUAUCAGUCGGGGCUCUUCCCACCAGGUGGAGCUUGAGAUCCUCUCUCCAGGCUGCAUCUUGAGGUGGCAGUUCCUGUUGGAUGGACCAGACAUUGGUGUCGGCAUUUACCUAAAGACAAAGAUGGGUGAGCGACAGCGAGCAAAGGAGAUGAUUGAGGUGCUGCCUACUGAGAAGUACCACUCUCACCUGGUCCCUGAGGAUGGGACCCUCACCUGCACCAGACCGGGGGUCUAUGUCCUGAGGUUUGACAACACCUACAGCUUGGUCCAUUCCAAGAAGGUCAGCUACACAGUGGAAGUUUUACUCCCUGACAAAACUAUUGAAGAGAAAAUCCAGAAACUGUAGGGCAAGAUGUACAAAGUAGAGGCAGAGGAAUGCUGAUAACAAGAUGUCUCAAGAUGUCCAGGAAGGUUGGAACUGGAUUCAAAUUCUUCUGACACUUACUUGUUAUGUGACCUUGGACAAGACACUUUAGCUCUCUGCUCCUCAGUUUCCUUAUCUGUAACAUGGGGAUGAGAAUACCUGUAGUACCUACCUCACAGGGCUGUUGUGAGGCUCAAAUAAGAGAUUCAUAUGAGCACAGUUUGGAAAAUUGUUACUUUUUAUUUUAAAAAUCAAUUUUAACUGAUA